GAAUCGAUUCUGGCGGAAUCGACUCUCCAUGACUGCCCAUUAGUCUGAAAAACAGGUCUUUACUGCCGACUAACGCGUUUACAGAUCACUGGACUCCUCUCUCCUCUCCUCAGCUCCGUCUUUCUGGGUGAAACCUCUUCUGCUAGAAUGAGGACUCUGUCUGCUCUGCUGAUGGUGCUGCUGCUCUGCUCUGUCCAGCAGGUCUACAGUGCUCUUGAAGGUGCCGGCACCCCACUAGAGUGCUGUACUAAGCUGACUAAGUUGCGGAUCCUUCCCUUGGCGCGCACUGAAUCCUACAGGCGGACCAGCAGCAACUGCCCCAUAAAAGCUGUUAUAUUUCAGAUGGAUAAUGGAAAGACCUUCUGUGUGGAUCCUUCCUGGGAUUGGGUCCAAAGUCACAGGAAAAAACUGGACCAGAAAAAAUCAUCUACAGCAUCAAAACAGCACAAACCCAAUUCCAAAAAUGUUCACUCCUCUCAAGCACCUGAAGCCGCUCACUCCUCAAAUGAUUGCUGUACUAAGCUGACUAAGUUGCGGUUCCUUCCCUUGGCGCGCACUGAAUCCUACAGGUGGACCAGCAGCAGCUGCCCCAUAAAAGCUGUUGUAUUUCAGAUGGAUAAUGGAAAGAGCUUCUGUGUGGAUCCUUCCUGGGAUUGGGUCCAAAGUCACAGGAAAAAACUGGACCAGAAAAAAUCAUCUACAGCAUCAAAACAACACAAACCCAAUUCCAAAAAUGUUCACUCCUCUCAAGCACCUGAAGCCGCUCACUCCUCAAAUGAUUGCUGUACUAAGCUGACUAAGUUGCGGUUCCUUCCCUUGGCGCGCACUGAAUCCUACAGGUGGACCAACAGCAGCUGCCCCAUAAAAGCUGUUGUAUUUCAGAUGGUUGGUGGAAAGACCUUCUGUGUGGAUCCUUCCUGGGAUUGGGUCCAAAGUCACAUGAAAAAACUGGACCAGAAAAAAUCAUCUACUACAUCAAAACCCUAAACAUCCUCCAAACCCUGAAGCUGAUCAUGUUGAAUAUUAUCUACAGUAGAAUUAUGUUUGUACAGUAAAACAGUAAAAUGUUAUGAAUGCAUUUUACUAAUGUACAUAACACCAUAGAACAAGAUGAUCUGUCUAAUAUAUUUACACACAUGUAUCAUUUCUAUUUCUGUUUCUACAAUAAAGCUGAUUUUACUCCAG